AUGACACCUAUAUUUAAACCACCUGAGCCAAAGAAGCGGAGCGAUAGAUCGCCGAAGCUCAGUCUACCACCUACGUUGCUAAGUAAUGUUACGAAUGAAUCCAAAGCAUAUAACACACCAACCUCUGGCUCAUACUUGCCCCCAUCGUUGGCUCCAACACAAAUUCAAACUCAGGAUAGGCGUAGUGCUUAUGAAUUGGGAGAUAAUGGGUUAGGACAACAACUUUCAGCUUCGCAGAAUGAUUAUACGAGUUCUGCAUCCCUACCUAGUGCAAGGGUAAAGUUGAAAAGGCCGGUGCCACCUAGCAUGCCUAAUAUACGGCUGCAAGUGGACAAUGAUCACCAACAAUCAUCUGCAUCGCCCACUGUAGAUCCAUCUAAUGAGCGUGGCAAUGGGGCAAGUUCAUUUUCUUCAGGUGCUCGUCGUGAAUUCCACGUUCCGCUAUCGGGCUAUAGAAGCAACUUAACACAUACGGAUGUACAACAAUUGGAGGAUGCAGGAUAUCAAACUAUAGGAUAUAAUAUGAAUACUGAAUUGUCUUCAGGUUCAUCGCGUACAUUAAUAUCGACACCGGGAGAGACCAAUAGCAGCGAUAACACAAGCGCAGCAUCAGACAUGAAGGAUGUAGAUGAGCUGGACGAUACUAUGUGGAACCAUCUCCACUUAAAACAUCAGAUUAUAGAACUGGGUGUUCUGGGCGAGGGUGCAGGUGGCUCAGUGACGAAAUGCAAACUCAAAGAUAGGUCAAAGAUCUUUGCCCUAAAGACAAUCACCACCCUGAAUACAGACCACGUAACGCAGAAGCAGAUAUUCCGUGAACUACAGUUUAAUAAGAGUUGCCAAUCUGAGUUCAUAGUGCGGUACUACGGAAUGUUUACCGAUGAAGAAACUUCCUCAAUUUAUAUAGCGAUGGAGUACAUGGGCGGAAGGUCUCUUGACGCCAUCUACAAGCACCUGUUGCAGUUUGGCGGCAGGGUCGGCGAAAGAGUAAUUGGAAAAAUUGCCGACAGCGUUCUGCAGGGUCUUUCGUACCUUCAUGAACGUAAAAUUAUCCAUCGCGACAUCAAGCCGCAGAACAUUUUACUAAACGACGCCGGCUACGUUAAACUAUGCGAUUUCGGCGUCAGUGGCGAGGUAGUCAACUCCCUUGCCACAACAUUUACAGGAACAUCAUAUUACAUGGCUCCAGAGAGAAUCCAGGGUCAGCCUUAUAGCGUCACGAGUGAUGUAUGGUCACUUGGUCUGACAUUGCUAGAAGUUGCGCAAGCCCGAUUCCCUUUUGAGUCCACGAAAAUGGCAGCCAAUAUGCCUCCAAUUGAAUUAUUAAUGCUCAUUCUUACAUUCACGCCGCAGCUAAAUGACGAUCCAGAGCAUAAUAUUGUGUGGAGUAAGGCAUUCAAGUCGUUUAUUGAGUACUGUUUAAAAAAAGAGUCACGUGAAAGACCGUCUCCGCGUCAAAUGUUACAGCAUCCGUGGAUUCUAGGUCAACGUAAGAGGAGUGUGAAUAUGGAGAAGUUCGUACAGAACUGCUGGCAGGCCAGAUAA